AUGGACGGGAUGCAACGUACUCAAGCGCAGGAGGAGCACAGGCACAGAGGUGAUACAAUUGGUAUGGUCUCGUCUAGUUCUCGUCCAUUGAAACGCGCUCGUUCGGUGGUAGAUCGUUCCAGUGAAGAAGAGAAGGAGAAGAAGAAUGGUUUCGUAAUCCAUGGGUCUUUCCCUCUCUUUGAGAAUAAUGACAGUCAUGUGUCCACGAUGACGUCAUCAUUGAUUACACAAUACCCGCUCAUACCCUGGCGAUUACCACGUACUCAUACAUUUGCAGAUACGCAAGAAUAUCUGAAUGCUCAAUUGCAACAUGUUGUCGCCAUGUCUUCCAUGUUUUUACCUCGGUCUUUAAGACAAAUGUCAAUGGGUCAGGAGAACGUCAGAGAGAGAGAUGAUGUGGAUAAUGUCUGCACUUUAGAUCUAGUAAAAGUGUGGGAAAUACUGGCAGUGGGAGCUGAGAUACAGACACAGGAGCACGAGAUUGCAGAGAAAAGUUUACGAAAUGUGCUGGAUCUUGUUAGUUAUUUGCUGUAUGUGCGAGACCGAGAGAUGGAACAUCAGUCUCAAUUAAGUGAAAGAUUAAACAACAUGGAGAAACAUUUGGAGAGAAAGAACCACAUCGUGCACACGAUUACGUCCGAUCUAGAAACUCUUAAACAGAACAAUGCUCAGCGAGAGAAUAUGUUUAAAGCUAAGGAACAGGUCUUGAUGACAGAACGGAAAAUGCUUCAGAUGGAAAAGAAAGCGCUAGAAGUACAUUGUGCAAGACUGCAAGGAGUGGAAACGGCGUACAAGGCUCAAUUGCGGAGGAAAGAUGUCGAAUAUGCACGCUUGAAGAAAAGUCUGCAGGAUGCAGUUGCACGUGGUGCUAAAGAGAAGCGCGGAAUGGCGAUUACGAAACCACUGAACGGUGUUCAAGAGCGGAAGCAGAUAUUGAUGAACAGUCAGUCGAAAGAAAGCAAACUGACCAAGCAGAUCAUUGAGAAUAUGGAGAGAAAAAAAGCAGAGCUAGUGGUGGACAAUGAAACGCUUGCAAAGAGCUACGACAAGUUGCAACACCACUUAGAAUCGCUUACUUUACAGUAUAAGAAGGCAGUUCGGCUUUUUCUUGCCCAAAAAAAUUUGGAAGGUAAUGCUGAGGAACUUGAGAAGCUGGCUAGUGCUCCCAUUGACAAUUUUACUCCAACACCGUUCAAUAUGGCUACGAAGGCAAAGGCACGUAGCGACAAAGAAGUAAUCAAACGCUUGCGUCAGAAACUGGACGACGCACAGAGCAUUAUCAACGAGCAGGAUCAGCUCCUUCAAGCAUCGCUGUCUGCACCUACCGUUGAUGCUUCAGUUGGCCGUAAAGCAUGUCAUUCUAAUUUUACGGCUACAGCACUUGUUGGUCGCGUCGCAGAAUGUAGGAGUUCACCUGACGUAAAUGCAGAGGAAGACCUGGCGCAGGAAAAGAGUGAGUUGGCUGUACUCCGGCAAAACCUUCAGAAGGAACGCAAGCUUUUGCAAGAACAAGCCAUCAAACUUGACAAGGACCGAUUGGAAUUUGAGAUCAUUAAGCGUGAUCAAAUGUUUGGAUCAUCUGUGGAUGUGGCAUGCGAGCAAGCAUCACUGUCCAUCUCAGAUAAUGCUACCUGCUCAACACCAACGCAACAACAUCGAGCAAAGCGAUUUGAUUUGGAUGGCAUGGUCUCACCCAUUGACAUUCCAGUUUCUGCCACACCAGAAACAGCAGCCUAUUUAAAAAAGAUUGGGAUCUAUGUGCCACAUGAAAAGUGA